CAUCUGGGUAGAUUCGUUGGGCCCUUUAUACAUGCUGAAGUGAUUGCGGUUUCGCUGAUCUGAGUGAACAGAGUCAUAUUCUUUUUUUUCAGCUGAACACAUUCAUUGUUGCUCUGGUCUGAGCAUUCUUGCUCAGCUGUGAUCUUCCAGCCGGUGGAAGCUGAGGAAGGGAGUGGAUGCAGGAACUUGGGGUGGCGGGAUUAGGGCUCGUCGGCUGGAAUUACCCCAUGGUUUGUUGUAUACGUGCCUCCACCCUCGGCAUACUUCAGUUCCUCACCUGUCGCCCAUCGCUUGUUCUUACCGCGUUAUUAAUGCUUCGCCCACUGCCCUCUUCAGCUUCCGCCGAAUCCCGCCUUCUUUUCGGAGGGGCCGCACAAGUUGACUCAAGCCGAGCGGCAACAGACGUCCGUCCAAUCGGUGUCAUGUUCAAGCAGCCCAUGUGGCAGCCAUGGGUUCUGCGUGCGCCAGUCCCUUCAGCUGGCAUCAGAAUUGACGCGUCAGCCAGAAUUCCCGUGCGAAAGAAUCCCCGACGUGAGAGACUGACAGUCCCAUCUACCUCACCCUACCCAUCACAUCGAGAUGGGCAUAUUUUGGAAUCCCCUACCCUAAGCUUGAGCCAUCAGAACUAAGUUUUCCAAUCAAGCCAAUGGCGUCGCAAAAUAUGUUGACGAAGCCUUGGUCUUGCGGUGUGAUGUGUCUGAUGGCUGUGGUGGUCUCGCUCGAACCAUCACCAAGCGAGAGCUGAAAAGGAGACAGCCAGUGGACUCGCCUUUUGUGUUUGAAAUGUCUGUGCGGGCUAUGAAGGACUGAUGGGUAUAACAAAAUCGCCGCUGCGGUUCAGAAGCCCGCGUCCAGGUCCCGAUUGC